AUGCCAAGGUCUUUCCUGGUUAAAAAGGUGAAACUUGAUGAUUUUUCAUCUAGUGAUUUUGAGAGUUCUUAUGGACGAUCCAGGACCGACCUCAGUCUACGGAUUCACGAUAAAGGUAAAUAUAAAUACUAUUUAGAGUUUGGAAUGUUGAUUAUGUUAUAUUUAUGUUUUGCUUAUUAUGCACGGUGUCCUUUGUUGCCACGUUUGCACGUUUUUGCGCUGCAUUCAUGACUCAUAAUUAUCUGAUUAAUAUAUUUGUAGGCUAAUUCUAGACUGUAUGCUUUUGAAACAAAAUAAUUUAAUGUAGAAAUAGGCUAUCGGACCCAGCUUACUCGGAACAUGGGGAGGAAUGACGCUUGUGAUGCUGAUGCAAAACUUCUCCACAACCCACAAGUGUGCAUCAUAUAUCUGCACUUAUGCACGAGCAUGUUCAAAAGACAUUGCAUUACACCUAUAUUACCCGUUAUGCCUUGGAACACUGUUGGACACGCACUCCUAACAUUGUAUAACCCUAUUAUUUAGACAAUAUGUCACUCAGAAGGCUGAAUCAUAUUUCAUGAUGGUGUGUAAACUAGCCUAUCCAUCGCUUCAGACCGGCGGUAUAAUGUAGCCUAAUCAUCUCAGUAGCUUAUGUUGUUAAAUUAUGUUUGUUCUCACUGUGCGUAAUUAGCAACUAUAGCCUAACGCAUAAAAGGGUUGUGCUUCCAGAUAAAUAAAAACAUGUUAGACUCGCCUAAAUCUUAAUAAACUGCAUAGGACUCAUAGGCUUUGGUGAUAACGUGAUGUAGCCGAUCUCAAGUGGAAAAGUGCCGCCUGUAGCUUGUUGCGUCUAUUAAGCAGAUUGUUCCCACUUGAAGAAUCCCCACGCGACUAUGAAUAAUUGAAUUAAGAUCUUGUUCUUUUUCACACCAGGGUACAUUAGUGACUACAUCAGCCCGUCUGUCUACGAUGGAGAAAGCGACGGUGCCAUUAAAGUGCCCUCUCCGGAGCCACUCUACGAUGGCAUCCACAGCGACUACGGAGCCCCGGACUCGGACCAGCCUGACAGCCCGCAGUCGGAUGUCACCUCCGGCUACAUCAACGGGGACACCGCGGUGAGUGAGGGCUACAUGGUGGACGCGUUUUACAUCACGGACGGAAGGUCACGGAGGAAAGUAAUCAGCAGCCCCAACAGGAGCAUACAGCGUCACACAUGCAACGAAUGUGGGAAAACCUACGCCACGUCUUCCAACCUGAGCAGGCAUAAGCAGACCCACCGGAGCCUGGACAGCAAGAUGGCCAAGAAGUGCGCAACCUGUGGGAAGGUGUACGUGUCCAUGCCAGCCAUGGCCAUGCACCUGCUCACCCAUGACCUCAAGCACAAGUGUGACAUCUGUGGCAAAGCUUUCAGCAGACCUUGGCUACUGCAGGGUCACAUGAGGUCACACACGGGCGAGAAGCCCUUUGGGUGUGCACACUGCGGAAAAGCGUUCGCAGACCGCUCCAACCUGCGCGCACAUAUGCAGACUCACUCCGCGUUCAAGCACUUCAAAUGCAAACGGUGCGACAAGACCUUCGCUCUCAAGUCCUACCUGAAUAAGCACUACGAGUCCGCGUGCUUCAAAGGCGCGUUCUCGCCCUUGAGUCCUGGUCUUGAUGACUCUCCAUGA